CAAAAAAAAGUUUUCCUGUGGGUUAAAAAAAAUCUUUCAUGAAAAGAAUUGUCAAUCAACGUGACAAAUUUCAUUAUUGUCUUAUUUUAAGAAACUGCAACAGCCACCCCAACUUUCAAGCACCACCUUGAUCAACAGCCAUCAACAUUGAGGCAAAACCCUCCACCAGCAAAAAGAUUAUGACUCACUGAAGGCUCAGCUGAUGAUUAGCGGUAAAAAAUAUUAACUUUAAUCAUCUCGACCAUUCAGUACUCAUCUAAUAUUCUCUAUAACAAAAUGGGAAAUACACAUAAAGCACUUCUGCUACAUGCUGAAUUAUGAUUGUUGUCUCCAGGAAAAGAACUUGUGGGAACGUUUGAGUUGUAAGCUGAACUAACUAGCUGCUUUUUUCAUGAAAUACCGCUUUUACUGGAAAGAACUGACAGAUAAACUGAGGUAUUCAAACCUAGAUAUUUGGCAGACAUUUUCGUGAAAAUAAAUAUGUUCGUGCCACUUCAAGGAACAUAAUUCUCAGUACUUGUUGCCAAUAAUGUUGGAACUUUCAUGCAAAAAUUCAAAUAAAAAACAAACUUAAAACCAUCAAGAACUUGGUGACUUUAUGUGGAAACCAGUGCUACAAUACUUUAGCUUCCCAAUACUUAAAAACUUUUCUGAUGAGAUUACUAGUGAUAUUAACAAUGUGAUUGAUAUUGAAUAAUGAAAUGUUUUAGCAUUUGGAAGAUCUGUUUAAUUCAGUAAAUCAGUAUUUUCCAAAUGACCAAUGCAUGACAUUUCAACAUCACGCAUAGGAAAAUAGGCAUUCGAGGUACAGUCAAAAAUAAUGAGUUUUAAUGUAACAAGUACAAAAUGUCCAUUGAAGUGGUUUCAAAUUCCAAAUAGUAAUUGGAAAAUCCACCACUCGUGUUUUGGGGUAGUAGUAUCGAAAAAGAAUAACCAAGAUAAUUUGAAAAGGCUAUUAAAAAAUACUUCUCAAUUUUCAAACUGCAUACAGCAGGUGCUCAUUCAUUUCUUUGUAACAUUGAUGAGAAAAAGACUCCCAGCCAGGGGCACUGUCUUUGUGGUGUUUACGUGUUCUCGCCACACCUGCAUAGGUUUUCUCUGGGUGCUGCAGUUCUUGCCACAUCCCAGAGGUGUGCAUGUGAGGUGAACUGGUGUGUCUUCACUGUCCCAGUCUGAGUGUGGGUGUGUGAGUGGCCCUGUGAUGGAAUGGCGUCCUGUCCAGGGCUGGUUCCCUCUUUGUGCCCUGAGCUACUGAAACAGGCUUCAGCUACACAUGACCCAGAACUGGAAUAAUUAAGUAAUAAUUAUCUUUUUAUUCAUCUUUCUUAAAUGUAUGUAUAGCUCACAUUUAUUUCAAUGUUUAAUAUUAGAAUACUUUGGCCUUUAGAAGCUUAGUGAUUUUUUUUUCCUUGGCCAGAAGUAUGCUUUAGGAACUUAAUCCUUAUUUUUCAGCCUCUGGUAAAAUUGGUUUUGCUAUACGUUGUUUCACUUAAAAGUCCUAAUUCCCAAGAACGCACUGACAGCAGUGAGGACUUGCUGCGCAUGCGGGAGGCCAGAUUUUCUUAUCUGUGUGAAGCCAGACAUGAAAGAGAUCUGUCAACAUAUAAAACAAAAUCAAAGUCUAAAGAUUUUUAAUAAAAAUAUAACUUAUGUUAGUGUCAUGUUUUUUAAGUGAAUAUUUUAAUAUGUUUAAUUUCUAUGUUAGUAAAUAGCAGUAGUAAACAACAGUGAGCAAAAGCUUUUAGGUGUCCUCAGUACAUUUUAAGAGUGUGCAAGCGUCCUGUGACCAAGAAGUUUGAGAACUGGUGCCCACCAGGUUCAUCUCACAAGUUCAGUAUUUUAAAUUCCACACAAAAGGUAGAGGAAAUAGCUGAAUUCGCUUCAGCUGCGCAUACAUUUCACGAUUAUUUAAAAGUUCAGAGGGCUAGGCGCGGUGGCUCACACCCGGAAUCUCAGCACUUCGGUAAGCUGAGCCAGGUGGAUCACUUGAGGUCAGGAGUUCCAGACCAGCCUGACCAACAUGCGGAAACCCGUCUCUAUUAAAAAUACAAAAUAAGCCGGGCGUGGUGGCGCAUGCCUGUAAUUCCAGCUACUUGGGAGGCUGAGACGGGACAAUUGCCUGAACCCGGGCGGCGGAGGUUGCUGUGAGCGGAGACUGCACCAUUGCACUCAAGCCUGGGCAACAAGAGCGAAACUGUCUCAAAAAAAAAAAAAUUUAGAACGUACUGUCAUGUACCUCGAAAGCGAACACUCCCAACAUAGCGUGGAACGCCCCACACCCCCGGCGACUUUGCUCCGCCUUGGUCCCGGUUGCAGACACCGCAGAAAGGCCAUCGUUCUAGACAUACGAGAACUCCCCGUGCAGCCAAACGCUGUAGUUCCAGCGGCGGAACUCGGGAGGGGGGAUGCCCAACCAGCCAGUCAGCAGUGACGUCCCGCCUUUCCUCCGUUUCCACUGGUCCAGCCACGCAGAGGCCGCGCCCAUGGGACGCCGAGCUUCCGGCUGCCGGGCUUGGCGCCCCGGCGCUUUCGAAUUGGGAGGGCUUCCUCCAUGGAACGCGAGCCUCGAGACGUCUGACGUUAGGCACCGUUCGCAGCGCCUCGGGCUCGCACGGCAGGAUCGAAAGCGUGAUUGGCUGGCGGCUGCUGUGGUCUCGGGCACCGCCCAGUCGCGGGACGCUGCCUCUGCGGAACUGGGGGUGGGGCGUGUUGACCCCCUUAAAGGCGCCAGAGCCCGCGGUCACGGCUCAGGUUCCCGGUGCUUCGCGCGUCUGCCGUUGUCACAGGCCAGGGAGGUGGCACCACCAGGCGAAGCUUGGCGAGAUUGUGUCGUCAAGCGCGUACGGGCGCCAAUUGGCCGGGCGAUGUGGCGUGGACUGGCGCUGGCGAGAGCGAUUGGCUGCGCGGCCCGGGGGUGGGGCCAGUGGGCGGUGCGCGCCGCGGACUGUGCUCAAAGCGGGCGCUCUCCGGGACCGGCGGGUGUCUGUGGCCGGAGGCUGAUCAGUGUUCUAGAACAGAUCAGACAUUUUGUAAUGAUGCCUGAAAUAAACACUAACCACCUCGACAAGCAACAGGUUCAACUCCUGGCAGAGAUGUGUAUCCUUAUUGAUGAAAAUGACAAUAAAAUUGGAGCUGAGACCAAGAAGAACUGUCACCUGAACGAGAACAUUGAGAAAGGAUUAUUGCAUCGAGCUUUUAGCGUCUUCUUAUUCAACACCGAAAAUAAGCUUCUGCUACAGCAAAGAUCAGAUGCUAAGAUUACCUUUCCAGGUUGUUUUACGAAUACGUGUUGUAGUCAUCCAUUAAGCAAUCCAGCCGAGCUUGAGGAAAGUGACGCCCUUGGAGUGAGGCGAGCAGCACAGAGACGGCUGAAAGCUGAGCUAGGAAUUCCCUUGGAAGAGGUUCCUCCAGAAGAAAUUAAUUAUUUAACACGAAUUCACUACAAAGCUCAGUCUGAUGGUAUCUGGGGUGAACAUGAAAUUGAUUACAUUUUGUUGGUGAGGAAGAAUGUAACUUUGAAUCCAGAUCCCAAUGAGAUUAAAAGCUAUUGUUAUGUGUCAAAGGAAGAACUAAAAGAACUUCUGAAAAAAGCAGCCAGUGGUGAAAUUAAGAUAACGCCAUGGUUUAAAAUUAUUGCAGCGACUUUUCUCUUUAAAUGGUGGGAUAACUUAAAUCAUUUGAAUCAGUUUGUUGACCAUGAGAAAAUAUACAGAAUGUGAAUAUGUAGGUAAAUGAUUACAGAAAAAUUUCUCUGCUUAACAAACUUAGAAUGACUUUUUCCUUUUAAAUUUAGUUCUAUCAUUAAAUUUAGUUCUAUCAUUUAGUACUAUCAUUAAUGUAUUAUAUACACUGAUACUUUAAAACUUGUGUGGAAAAAACUAACUUAUAAUUUUGUAUCACACACCCUGGAUAUGUGUUCUGUUUCUAAGCGACAUUUGUGAGAGAUUAUUGUAAAAUGAGAGAGAGCAAAUAAAACUUAAUUUAAUCUUUGCAGAUACAUGCUUAUGGGAAAUUUGAACAAAUGAGUGAAACUCUGUGUUUUUAGUAGGCUGUGAUAAACAUUUCCGGAGCACUUGCAGAGGACUUGCUAUUUGCCAGGUGCUUUAUGUAUCAUUAAAUUUUUAUCAUAGUUCAGAAAAAUGUGCAAAGGAAACUAUUGUCUCGCUCCUUCAAAACAGUCUUAAUUAACUUUCAUAUUAGCAGAUUAAACUAGCAGAGCAGGUUCAAGGGAAAUUAAAUGAUAUGGACCCUAAUUUGUAUCAUUCUGAGUUGAUUGUGUGGUUUAUUCAUUCUGGAAACAUGUUGAUACUUACAGUCAGCCACUGCUUUUGGUAAGUGAUAUUGAUUAGGUUGAAUCUUCUUGUAAAUAGUAUUUACCAGUUAGCAAAGUCUGUGUUUUCAGAAUUACAGUGAGCACAGAGGUGUUCAUAAAAUGGGAAUUGAGUCCCACUCGGUAAGAGUUGCUUAAACUUGACACUGUCGACAUUUGGGCUGGAUAAAACCCCUGUGGUGGGGUCCGUGCUGUGCAUUGCAGGAUGGUGAGCAGCGUCCCUCUCCUGUGACACCCACAGUUAUGUCGGAUGUUGCCAGAUGCCCCUAGGGGACACAGUCAACCCCCAACUGAGGACCACUGUCCUACAGAGUCAGGAAAUAUUGUAGGGAGAAGAAAAUAACAACAACAAAGGCCUGUGUUAAUAUUAAAUAGAUGAGAUUAUGGAAUGUGUAUAUUAAUGUUAAAAACUGUACCUUGAUCAAUGUACUUUUUAUAAACUUGCCAUAGAUAUCUCAGAUUUGAAACCUCAAGACAGAUUUAUUAUUAUUAAAUGCUGUAUGAUAAUGAAGAAAAAUAAAAAUUUAUUUCUUGCAAAGUUAAA